GUUGGCGAAUUUAAAUUUUGUUGAUGUUUAAUUGUAAACAGAAAUUGUCAUUUGGAUCGUGUUGUUUUUUUUAAUUGAUUUAAUUCUAUUUCGGUAAAUUGAAAUGUCUACUACAACUUCGGAACAAGUUGCUGAAGAAGAGAAUCAAAUUGAUUUCGUUAAACAUCCUCUUCAAAACGAAUGGCAAUUGUGGUAUUGGAGAGGUGAGAAAAAGGAAUGGAUUCUUAAUCUUCUUGAGGUGACAACAUUUAAGACUGUUGAAGAUUUUUGGGCUCUCUAUAAUCAUAUUGAACUUGUAAGUAAUUUGAAAAUUGGUUCAGAUUAUUCAGUCUUCAAGCUCGGAAUUAAGCCCAUGUGGGAAGAUACUAGGAAUACCAAAGGAGGAAGGUGGCUUUUCACUUUUCAGAAAAGUUUAAACAAAUUAUUAGAUGAAAUGUGGUUAGAAGCUUUGUUGUGUUUAAUUGGAGAUGCAUUUGGUGAGGAAAGUGAUCAAAUCUGUGGUGCAGUUAUCAAUAUUAGACGAACCGUUGAUAAAAUUGCUGUUUGGACCUCGGACUACAAGGAUGAAGCAGCAGUAAUGAAAAUAGGACGAAUUUUAAAACAACGGAUGAAUUACAAUGCAAAAAUAACUUAUGAAGCUCAUGAAGAUACACAAAACAAACAUGGACAAAAAUGGCUUUACAUGGUAGAUUAAAUUGAAUCGACUUUCGCUAAAAUCACUCAAUAUAAAUAUUGUAUCAAUCGUCAUUCAUCAACAAUCACGGCUUUCGAAAAAUUAUCUCUUCAUCAUCAUUUCUCUUUCUCUCUCUAUUUAUUAAUUUUUUUGUUCUCUGCAUUUACUCAAUUCUUACAAUUACAUAAUUUAUUUACUAUAUCAAUAUCUUGAUUACCAUUGAAAGUUUGCUACGAUAUUGGAAAUGAUUAUAUUAAUUUACGCAAUUGGAAACUUUAAUCGUGUAUCAUUUUGAAUAAUUAUAUUGUAUUAAAUAGCGGAAAGUAGCAAAAGGCCCAAAGAAUUGUUACUUUUCGUAAAAAAUAA